AUGGGCUUUGGCGAUGUGCUGGACGACAGCACCUUUUUGCAAUGUAUGGGAAGCUUUCGCCAUAUGACAGUGCAGCAUUCGUCACUGAAGCCCCUUCUGAGCGGUCUGUACGCGCCUGGUUCCUUCAAAGCCGGAAACAAGAAACUCGAGGAUGAGCCUCGCUCUGGUCGGCCGACUGCAAUGUCGUUCGACGAACUGAAGGAUCUGUCGGAGCAGCAUUCUUAUGAAAGUGUGCGGUAUUUUGCUGUCAGUCUUGGCUGUUCGCUGUCCACCGUGAGCAAUGGACUACGAUCUCUCGGAAUGGUGAAGAAGUUCGAAGCCUCAGAUUCGACUGGCUGGACACCAUUGUCACUGGAGAUGAAAAAUGGCUCCUCUACGUCAACCACACCCACAAACGUGAGUGGUGCGCUGGCGAUGAAGUGCCGGAUCCAUUUCGUGAAAGGUGAAAUCCAUGAGAAGAAGGUCAUGCUGAGCGUCUGGUGGAGAGUUCACGGAAUCUACCGUUUCGAACUGCUGCCGGACAACAUGACAGUUACUGCUGAGGUCUACUGCGCUCAACUGCAAACACUAGCCGACAAGAUCCGCAAGGAACACCCGAAGCUCGACAACGUGCACGAUAACGCGCGCCCUCACAUCGCGAAGAAGACUUCCCAGAAGAUUCUGGAGCUCGGAUGGGAAGUUCUGCCGCACACACCAUGCAGCCCAGAACUGGUCCCGAGCGACUACCACCUCUUCCGAUCGUUUCAGCAUCACCUGGAGGAGAAGCGCUCCGAUGAUCGUGACCACCUCGAAAAUGACCUUCGGGCUUUCUUCGCCUCCCCCGAGUCGCCGGAGUUCUACGCCAAAGGAAUCCGUGAUCUUGCGAGACGCUGGCAGAGGGAAGAUGAUAGCGGAGAUGAGAAUCAUCUUUAUGCCACCAAAAUACUGGAGACAAUAAUUCUAGAGUCUGGAAAUCAUGCAGCGGAGGUUAUCCCUACUAUAAUUUUAACAGCAUUGCGCCGUCUAAUGAAACCGAGCGAGGAAGGUCUUUCCGAACUAAGGCCGCUUCUAUUCCUCGUCAUUGUUGCUGCCAUGUACACAUGCACAGAAGUAUCUCUGACGUAUAUCCGUCAGGUUGCUGAACCAAAUCAAAACCCUUUGGAUUACAUUUGUGAAGAACUAGUUGAUCUAAACAAGAAAUUUGAAGGCAUUCAUAACAGACGAUUAGCUUUGUUUGGAAUUUGCGUUCUGUUCCUCCUGCCAAGUUCUACGAGACCCGCUAUGAUCAACACAAAUCCUAAAAAGGUCCUGGAGGCGUCUCUUUCUAUGUUCGAUAGCCUGCAGCGUGCUCUUAAAACGCAAGCUCAAGCCCGUAAGGAGGAUGACUCUAGAUCGGAUGAGUCAGAAGCUGACAGCGACGAAGAGGGUGGGGCUGUGGUGAAGCUGAAGAAAGGACUUCGUCACCGCAAAGUUCGGUCUGAGCAUUUGUCCGAUGAUGAGGAUGAAAUCGAUGAGAUGUCUCUUGAUUAUAUAGAUGCAGUGACAAAAUGCAAAAAUCCGAAUGGCUCUGAUGGAAACGGCGACACUGAUGCUGGUUCUGACAGCGCUAUUGAGUCGUCAUUUUUUGAGGUCGUUGGUUCAAAUUCAAACAUACACCUGGUUUAA